AUGAGUCUUGGGCUGUGGAACUGCCUCAGUCCUAAUGAAUUCAAGCAACUCCAGAAAUAUUCAGAAUAUUCUAAUAAUAAGUUAAAAGAUGUCUUGGAAGACUUAUACGGCUCAGAGCAGGAAAUAUCGCAACACCUAGAUAUGCCCAUUAACUAUGAAGGAUUCAAGGCCUUCAUGGAAAUAUACUUGGACGAGGACCUCUCUGAAGAAUUCUGUAGGCAUCUUUUCCUGUCCUUCAAAAGCAAGAACCUCCAGCAACCCUCAAAAGUCGAGAUAAGUUCCAGUGUCUCCCAAGUCAAAGCUACUAUUGUCAUGUUUCGCCUGUAUGACACAGAAGGCAAUGGUUACCUGGAUAGUACCGCGCUGGAGCAGAUUAUCAACCAGAUGGUGCAUGUGGCUGAAUACUUGGAAUGGGAUACCACUGAGCUCAGACCUAUCUUGAAAGAGAUGUUGGAAGAGAUUGAUCUUGACCGGGAUGGAUUUGUGACUCUAGAUGAAUGGAUUGAGGGAGGGAUGACGACCAUUCCAUUACUGGUUCUACUAGGAAUGGAAACAGAUGAGAACAAAGAUGGCAUGCAUUCCUGGAAUCUAAAGCAUUUCACACGGCCAGCUUUUUGCCAUUUCUGCCACUCGGUGCUGGUAGGAGUACGGAAACAGGCCCUAUGCUGCACAUUUUGUAAAUAUACGGUCCAUGAAUCAUGUGUAUCAAAAAAUAUCCCUCCAUGCAUCAGUACCUAUAGUAAAUCCAAGAAAGAUAAUAAGGUUAUGUAUCACGUGUGGAUGGAAGACAACAGAGUUGUGAAUUGUGACUUUUGCAAGAAAGCCAUCAAAUGCUACCAUCCAGGGACUGCAGUCCACUGUGUGUGGUGCCAUGUCACGGUUCACAAAAAGUGUCACUUCAAGAUGAAGGUAAUAUGUGAUGGUGACCAAUUAAAAGACCAUGUUCUCCUGCCAACUUCUAUAAUUCCCAUGGUCCUGGAGAGGCAGGGAGGAAGGAGCUAAGGAGAGGCAGAGAUCAAAGGAGAAAUCAUAAAAUGGUAUAAGAUUGUCCCGCCAAAGGGCACACAUCCUUUGCUUGUUUUUGUUAAUCCUAAUAGUGGAGCAAGACAAGGAAACAGAAUAAUUCGAAAAUUCCAGUAUCUGCUCAACCCCAAACAAGUUUUCAGCCUAGAACGCGAGGGUCCUCUGUCAGGAUUGAAUUUUUUCCGUGGAGUGCCAAACUUCCGCGUGCUCAUUUGUGGAGGGGAUGGGACUGUCAGCUGGAUAUUGGAUUCCAUGGAUAAGAUUGAUUUUAUGGAAGAACCGAAAGUGGCAAUCCUGCCUCUGGGAACAGGGAAUGACCUUUCCAGGUGUCUCCGCUGGGGAAGUGGUUAUGAAGGUGGCAAUUUGCUAAAAGUCCUAAAAGAAAUUGAGCAGAGUUACGAGGUGAUGCUGGAUCGAUGGCAACUGGACAUCACCCCCAAAGGUGGAGAGGCUGUUGCUUCAUACUGCACGUUCAAUAACUAUUUCUCUAUUGGUGUGGAUGCUUCUAUUGCCCACAGAUUCCACCUCAUGCGAGAGAAGUACCCUCAAAAAUUCAAGAGCAGGUUAAAGAAUAAGCUAUUGUACUUUGAAUGUGGCACCACAGAAACCUUUGCUUCAAGCUGCAAGAGGCUACACACCUUCAUAGAGGUAGAGUGCGACGGCAUUCACCUGAACCUCGCUGACACCCUCCUGGAGAGCAUUGCCAUCCUCAAUAUUCCCAGCAUCUAUGGAGGAAGCAACAUCUGGGGAGAGAACAAGAACAAAUCAUCCCUCUCUGGGAAUCAGCAUCCAUUGACUACCCAGAGAAGGACAAUCAUUGACCGUAAGAGGCUGAAAAACUGCAUCCAAGAUUUCAGUGAUCAUCUCGUAGAAGUAGUGGGACUGGAGGGAACCAGGGAAAUGGGACAAAUCUACACCGGACUGAAGAAUGCUGGGAAGAGGCUGGCUCAGUGUACUUCUGUUACCAUCAGGACAAGCAAGAUGUUGCCCAUGCAAGUAGAUGGGGAGCCCUGGCUGCAGGCACCCUGCACGCUUGAAAUCACCUUCAAAAACCAAGUGCACAUGUUGGCACGGCCACCUCCAAAGCCCAGCUUCUUCUUCCUCAAGAAGUAA